AUGGAUACUACUAUUCAUAGAACGUCUUUACAUCCUUGGAGUCACAAAUUAGCCGCAUAUCAAUCAAUGUUACACAGAUUGUUGACUGUCCCCUUAUCUGAAAAUAACUUUGAGGUCGAACUUAAGAGAAUAAAAAUAAUAGCUAAAAACAAUGUGAAGUUCAAAAUUUUGGAGAACUACGAGCAAAUAAAACAACCAAGUGGAGAAAGUGAGCGCAGAAAAGUGCUGAGUGUAUGCGAGAAGAUUUUGAACACAACUGAAAAAACAGAAAAUAAUAGGGCUUCAAGACAAGAGCAAGAACAACACAAGGAUGAAAUUAAAGAAUUGAGAGAGGAAAAUAAAAAAUUAAGCAAUGAAAUUCAAAAAAUUAAAAACGCUAUGGUGGAGAUGGACAGAAGAAUAGAAAAUCUAGAAAAUGAAAAACGAAUGAAUAAUAUUCCCCAAGGCCUAAAAAUAGAAAAAAAAGAUCAAUGGCUAUUGGAUAAAGAGGAAGGGACUCUGAAGGAAACGAGUAUGGAAACAGAAACUAUAUUACCGCAGCAAACAAGAGAAAAUGAAAUCAGUGGGAAGUUAAGAAUAGCAACAUGGAAUGUAAGAAUGGUGUAUGACAAGGAAAAAUUGGAGGAACUAAUCAGCCAAAUUAAAGAAUACAAAUACGACGUGGUCGCACUACAAGAAACGAAACAGGAAGGAAAAAAAAACAUAGAAACAGAUGACUAUAUUUUGAUGACUAGUGGAGGAAAGAGUAGAAGAUUAGGAACAGGGUUCAUAAUAGCUAAAAAACUAACACUACUGGAAUUUAAAGAAAUCUCAGAAAGAAUGUGCCGUAUAAGACUAAGGGGUCAGUAUCAAGAAAUAUCGAUAAUAAAUAUACAUGCACCUACUGAAAAGGCCAAAGUAGCAGAAAAGGAGAAGUUUUACAGUAAAUUAGAUGAGGAAUAUGAAAAGAUACCGAAAGACGAUAUUAAGUUAGUCAUAGGAGAUGCUAAUGCUAAGAUUGGUAAAGAAAACAUAUUCAGGCCAACUAUAGGAAAACACAGUAAACACGAAAGCACCAAUGAAAACGGAUAUUUCCUGAUAGAUUUUGCAAGUGAGAAAGGAAUGAUCAUUAAAAGCACUCAUUUUGAGAAAAAAGAAAUACAUAAAGGCACUUGGAGGCUCCCGAAUGGAACUGAUAUCAACCAAAUCGAUCAUGUGCUAAUAGAAGGGCAUGAUAAAAAUUUGAUAACAGACGUCCAAAGCUACAGAGACCCAAGCGUAAAUUCGGACCAUUUUUUAGUUGGUCUACAGAUGAAACAAGACGUCCCACGCGACAGAAGUGGAAGAGAGCUGAAAUGUAAACAUAACCAUGCAACAUUAAAGAAGGAAGAAGAUAUCGGCAAUACAAAGAAGUUGAGCGAAAAGUGUGAAACCGUUAAAAUUCAGAAAGACAUAGAAAAGUUAUGGACGGCCGUGAAAAAUCAAGUUGUCGGCGAAGCAAGUAGGAAGGAAAAUGAGUGGGUCGAUACAGAAUUUGAAAAAGAAUUAGAAAAUAAGAAAGCAAGAGAGAAAGCGGAAGAACUAGUGGGAGAAGAACAAGAAAUAUUAGAAAUGUGGAAAAACCAUUUCGAAAAACAAUUGAAUGGGAUAGAUCACUACGAUGCAGAAGAAGAAGAAAACCCUCCAACACUAACUGAAAUUGAAGAGAUAAUUAAGAAACUGAAAAAUACCAAAAGUUCUGGACAAGAUAUGGUGACGCCAGAAUUGCUUAAGUAUGGGGGGGAAGUGCUGAUCAAACUUAUAAAAGGGCUAAUAGAUGAAAUAUGGACGCAAGAACAAAUGCCGAAGAGCUGGAGCAAAGCAUUGCUAAAUCUGGGAUAUAAGGUGUUGGUGACGGCCAUCAAGAAUAAAAUUAUAUUAAAAACGGAAAGUGGAAUGGGAGAAUAUCAGAAUGGAUUAAGGAAUGGAAGAUCAAUAAUGGAUCAAAUAUUCACCAUACGAGAAAUUCAAGAUGGAAGCCAAGAACAGAAACUUGAGACGUUUGUAGCCUUCGUUAACUUUCAACAAACCUAUGGCAGUGUGUUGUAUGAAGCAAUGGUAGAAUUGGGGGUACAAGGAAAAUUGCUCAGAUUAAUAAAAAUGAUUCUACAAAGAACAACAGGUAGAGCAGGAGUAGAAGCACAACAAACAGAGAAAUUUGACGUAAAGAACGGUUUGAGGCAGGGUAAGUCUUUAUUACCACUGUUAUUCAACUUAGCACUAGAGUACGUGGUAAGGAAGGCGAAGCUAAACAGAAAUGGAUCAAUAUAUGGCAAAAAACAACACCAAAUAUUAGCGUUUGCGAAUGACAUAGUAAUAUUAACACGUAGUGAAGAAGAAUUAAGAAAGAAAAUUGUACAGUUAGAAGAGGCAGCACAACCAAUAGGUUUGAAUAUAAAUGAACAGAAAACAAAGUACAUGAAAUGGUCAAACAACAAAUUUGAAAAAGGUGAAAUUCGAGUACAAACUGCAAGCGGGAACACGUAUAAUUUUGAAGAAGUUGAUACCUUUAAAUACCUAGGCACAAAUAUCUACAGGAAGCCGGAGAUGAAGAGAGAAAUACAGCAUAGACUAAUACAGGGAAAUCGCGUAAUUUUUGAAUUAAAAAGCAUCCUAAACGAUGAGAAAAUAUCAAAGAAUUUAAAAACACAAAUCUAUAAAUCCAUAAUUCGGCCAAUAGUAACUUUUGGAAGUGAAAUAUGGACAAUAUUAGGAACGACAGAAAAGAAUUUACUAGGCGUAUGGGAGAGAAAAAUGUUACGAAAAAUUUACGGAGGAGAAAAACAGGUUAACGGAACCUCGAAAAGAAGAUCCGACAGAGAGCUAAUGGAAUUAUUUGAAGAACCGAGUAUUAUAGCAAUAGUAAAAAGACAACGACUCAGAUGGUUGGGCCACAUAUUAAGAAUGUCGCCGAAUAGAGUGCCAAGAAAAAUAUGGGACUAUGAGUUAUCAAUACCCAGAAAGCGGGGCAGACCGAAAAAUACAUGGAAAAAUGAAGUAUUGAGAGAUCUAAAAACAAGUGAAAUCAACGACUGGAAGACGAGGGCUAUGGACAAAUCGGAAUGGAGAAGAACAAUACACGAAGCCAUGGACCGUCUAGACCUCUAG